AUGAUGAAAUAUCUUGCCCUUCUAUUGGUUAUUUUUGUAUCAGAAUGUCUGGUCGAUGGCUGUCCAUUACCGAUGUCUGAGGAGAAAUGCUGUUGCUGCCAACCUCAGUGUCCAUGCCCACGUCCAUGUCCACCUCCAUGCCCACCUCCAUGUCCACCUCCAUGUCCAUGUCAAUGCCCAUGCCCAUGUGCACCACCAUGUCCGCAACCAUGCCCGCCUCCGUGCCCACCUCCGUGCCCACCUCCGUGCCCAUGUUGCUGUCCAUGCUGUCCAUGUGGCUCAGGAUAA